UCACAAAGCGUUGCACAAACUUUUAUGUAAGGUCCUGGCAGAAUAUCAGCGAUGUGGCUUGCUCCAUCAUCAUGCUGAGCCAGUGCCAAUUCUCUGCCACGACACAUGGUGUUUAAACGUAUCUGUGCAUAUAUAUGUAGCCAUAGUAGAUCAUUAACUCAGUUGCAAUUACACCUGCAUCGAAGAAACAUGUCUUUUACUGUGUAACCUCCCCCUACAUUCAAAAAUGAGCUUUAACCGAAGGAACAUAUGGUCCAAAAUCGAACCGGAUCAAGUACGGGAGUGAUGCAGGCGGCCGGCCGGCGAAUACAAUAGGGAGCGCAUUCCUUAAGAGAUAAGCGGAGUUGUUUACGUUGUUUAGUGAAGAUUUAAGUAAUGUUAAAUAAUUAUUGAUUUAUAACAAACAGGAAAGUGAUUGCAAGUGUGAUUUACAAACUAUUUGGCGUAAAGAUAACUUCGUGUGUUGGAACUAUUGACUUUGAUACCUAGUGACAAUUAUCUGAUUAAUUAUAAAGUGAAUAAAUAAGUGAAUAAAUUACUAAAAUGCCUCCAAUAACGCCCGAACAAACUCAAUUCAUUACCAAGUUAGAAGAUGUGGCCGGUAUGAUACAAAAAACGCAAUCUAACAUAAAGAAGUGUCCAAAACAACGGCUAACCGAGGGUUAUGUUAAACAAAGAAUUAAAAUGCUUGAUGAUUAUUGGAUUAUGUUUAAACAAGCACACAAUAGUCUCAUGCAUUGCACACCGCGUGAACAACGAGGAGAUAUCAAGUAUUUUGUUAAUGAAGAUUAUUAUAUUGUGGAAGACCUUUACCUCUGUUUGCAAGCCGACUUAACAGAUUUAUUGACCAAGUGGGAGUCUGAAAAAAAGGCAAUGGAAUUAUCUACUAUGUCAACGUCGUUCCAUGAAGGGCAAUUACCGUUUGUAAAUCUGCCAAAAAUCCAAUUGCCGACCUUUUCAGGGAAAUAUGAAGAUUGGCCCACAUACCAAGAUUUAUUCACAGCCCUCGUGCACAACACAAAAUUAACAAGUGUACAAAAGUUACACUAUUUAAAAACAAGUGUCUCUGGUGAAGCAGAGACAUUAUUGCGGCAUGUACAAAUAACAGAAAAUAAUUACACACAGGCAUGGGAGUUACUUAAAAACCGUUUCGGCAACAAAAGAAUGAUUGUUAAUUCUGUAUUAAAGAAAUUAGUUGGUCAGAAGAAGAUUCAAACCCAGUCUUCAAAUCAAAUAAAACAUUUACUUGAUACCACUAUGGAAUGUAUCAACAGUUUAAACAAUUUAAACGUAAACACGGAUUCUUGGGAUCCGAUAAUUAUCUUUCUCGUCGGACAGAAGCUGGACGCUGAGUCAGUUAAAGACUGGGAACAAACUGUACAUAAGGACAGCUCAGAAGACAUGCCUAAGUGGGAAGAGUUACAGAAGUUUCUGGUGGCUAAGUUUCGCACAUUGGAAAUGGCCGCAGCAGUUUCAGUGCCUACACGUGAUAAGUCACAAACUCCCAAAACAUUUCAUGUAGCUGAACAAGAAGAAGAUGAAGAGAGUUUGUUCCAAUGUGCUCAUGCUAGCGUAGCAUCACAGCCUACUUGUACCUAUUGUAAAGGCGAACACUACAUAUUCAACUGCAAGGAAUUUACUAAAAACUCAGUGGAAGACAGACAUGAUUUUGUGAGAAAGAACCGAUUGUGUUACAACUGUCUUGUUCCAUACCAUAAUGUAUUUCGAUGCAAACAAAAGACGUCGUGCAGGAUCUGCAGAAAAAGACAUCAUUCUCUUCUGCAUCAAACGCGAGAAGCUAAUGAAGAAGUAGCUGCUACACAACCACAAUCACAACCAGAACCUGACACGAAACUUACAACUUUGCACGUUUCCAAACAACAACCGAGUCGUAAAAUGUUACUGGCCACAGCCCAAGUAGCGGUAAGAUCGAGCGAUGGUGAUACACACAUACUUCGAGCUCUAAUCGACCCGUGCUCAGAGGCUUCAUUUGUAUCAGAACGAGUUGUACAAUUACUGGGUUUGCCAAGAACUAGCAUCAAUGGAGUAGUUUCUGGACUUGAAGAAAGUACACAAAUAAAUAUCAAGCAUAUGGUCGACAUUACAAUUUCAUCAAGAUAUGAAAACAAGAAGACUGUUCUAGUUUCAGCUUACGUUUUAAAGUCUGUAUCCACAUAUUUGCCUUCGAAACAUAUUUCGAUAGAUUCUCAGGCCAUUGAAACAUUGAAAUUGGCUGAUCCUACCUAUGACAUACCCAGCAAGGUGGAUAUGUUGCUCGGCGCAGAAAUCUACUGUCAAAUUAUUCAAGAAGGUUUAUUAAAAAUGAAUGAUGGGAUAGUCGCUCAAAAAACUACUUUAGGAUGGAUACUAACGGGUCGAAAACAAAUAGAAGCACAGAGCGACCAACACAACGUUACAACAUUACACAUAACAAGAAUGGUGGCUGAAGACAAUGAUUUACUGCGAAGGUUCUGGGAGAUAGAAACUGAUGUGUACAAGAAAAAGAAAAUACUGACAAAAGAAGAAGAAAAAUGCGAAGAGAUAUACAAAAGGACAACUAAAAGAGAUGAAAGCGGAAGAUAUACAGUACACUUACCAUUGAAACAAAAUGUUGAAGAAACUGUUAAUCUAUGUGGUGAUACGAAACAUCAGGCUAUCAAUCGAUUUCAGAGUUUGGAAAGAAAAUUUAGAAAAGACGAUAAGUUAAAGCAGGAAUACACAAAUGUUAUAAAUGAGUACAAGGACAUGGGACACUUGCGAAGAUCAGAAACACAAAACGAUGAAAAUGCACUGUAUCUUGCUCAUUUGGCUGUUAUUCGAGAGGACAAAGACACUAGUAAAGUGCGCGUAGUCUAUGAUGCUUCUGCUAAGGGCUCACACGGUCACUCUCUCAAUGACACCAUGAUGGUAGGGCCAGUUUUACAACCAGAUCUUCGGAGCCUAGUAAUAGCUUGGCGAAAACACAAGAUUUGCGUCGUGGGAGAUAUCGUGAAAAUGUAUAGGAUGAUAAAUAUGACAAAGGAACACAUAAACCUGCAACGCAUUGUCUGGAGAGAUAGGCCGGAAGAUGAGUUCGAGAGCUAUGAGUUAACAACUGUGACUUUUGGGACCGCUGCAGCGCCAUUCUUAGCAGUCCGUACAUUAAACCAAUUAGCCGACGAUGAAGCUCACGAAUUUCCAGAAACUGCACCUGUAAUAAAGAAGUCGUUUUACAUGGAUGAUCUAAUGGUAGGAAAUGAAAACAUAGAAGAAACAAAGAAAAUGUGUCAAGAAAUUAAAGAAAUAUUGAGAAGAGGAGGAUUUCGAAUGCAAAAAUGGUCUAGCAAUUCAGAUGAAGUUUUAGAAUAUCUAAAAGAAGAUAACAGUACAAGAGACACGCUGGAAAUCAAAAUGGAUAAAAUAAUAAAGAUUCUUGGUUUGACCUGGAAUAGACAAGACGAUACGUUUGAAAUUACAGUAAACUUACCUGAGAUGAGAAGUCCUAUAACUAAGAGGUCGAUACUUUCUGAUGUAGCUCGCCUUUUCGACCCCUUUGGGUGGCUAGCACCUGUAAUUAUAACUGCUAAAGUUUUAAUUCAGAAGUUAUGGUUGAGUCAUCUGGGGUGGGAUGAUGAAUUGACAUCGGACUUGACAGACGAGUGGAUACGCUAUAGAGAAGAACUGGUAAAUUUACAAAACAUCAAGGUUCAGCGCUGGUUACACUUGACACGAGAAGAUGAUCUCAUUGAGCUGCACGGAUUUUCAGAUGCAUCCACUCAAGCUUAUGCAGCUGUGACGUACCUGAAAGUUGUUAGAGGUGGUGUAGUAUACGUCUCAAUGAUCGCAUCAAGAACUAAAGUCGCACCCUUGAAGCAGCUUUCUGUUCCAAAAUUAGAGCUUUGUGCUGCAGCCUUAUUAGCAGAAUUGAUCAGUGAUGUCGCAGAACUUCUGAAGAUUCCUAAAAAUAAAAUAUUUGUUUGGACAGACUCAAUGGUCGUACUGGCUUGGCUGCAAUCUCAACCUAGUCGCUGGAAAACAUUUGUAGCGAAUAGAACAGCAGAUAUUACCAGAUUGAUAGAUAAUGAUCGUUGGAGACAUGUGCAAUCUGCUGACAAUCCUGCGGACAUCGCGACAAGAGGAGUCAAAGCGCAAGAAUUAGCUACACAAGAUCUGUGGUGGAAUGGGCCUGACUGGCUUAAGAGAGACCAAGUAGAAUAUGAAAAAACAGAAAUUGCACAAACAGAAUUAGAAUCUAAAACGACAUGUCUUGUACUUGUAGAUGAGAGGCCUAUAUGGGAGAGAUUUUCAACAAUGUCACGAAUGAAGAGAGUGCUAGCUUAUUGUAGAAGAAUGUUAACUGAACGAAAAAGAGAACUAGAAGAGAGUAAACAUUUAACAGUUAAAGAAAUGGAAAAAGUAGAAGAAGAAUGUAUAAGGUUUUAUCAAAAUCUAGUAUACAGAAAAGAUAUAGACGAUUUGAAGAAAGAUGGAAGAGUUAAGAAAAGAAGUACUCUAAUCACACUUGCACCAUUCUUAGACGAGAAAGGUUUGUUAAGAGUGGGAGGACGUCUUCAAAAUGCAUCAUUGUCUGAACAGACAAAGCAUCCAAUUAUUAUUCCACGAAACCAACAUAUUACAAAAUUAAUUAUUAAUGAGGCCCACACUAGAACACUUCAUGGUUGGAAUCAGUUAAUGAUGACUUACGUGAAAACCAAAUAUUGGGUUAUCGGCUUAAAGUCAUCCAUUCGAAAAUGCAUUUACAAUUGCAAGACCUGUGUCAUAGACAAAGCUAAAGUCAAGAAUCAAUUCAUGGGCCAGUUGCCAACAGUCAGAGUUAACCAAAAUCGACCUUUUUUAAAUAGUGGCGUUGACUAUGCUGGACCUGUUUUAAUGAGAACCUCUAAAGGCCGAGGACAUCAUGCAACUAAGGGAUACAUUUGUUUGUUCGUAUGCAUGGCUACGAAAGCCAUUCAUCUUGAGGCUGUAUCAGAUCUGACUUCACAAGCUUUCAUAGCUGCUUUUAGAAGAUUUGUUGCGCGCAGAGGCCAUUGUCAAGAUAUUUGGAGCGACAAUGGUACCAAUUUUACUGGUUCUGCUAAAGAGUUGAAAUGUAUGUUCGAACCUGGGAAAAACAAUUUAGCCAGCGAAGUGGCAGAACUGCUGGCUACUGAAGGGACAACGUGGCACUUCAUACCCCCAAGAAUGCCUUCAUACGGCGGCCUAUGGGAAGCGGGAGUUCAGUCUGCUAAACGACAUUUAGCCAGAGUAAAUAAGGAUACUAAACUGACUUAUGAAGAAUUAGCCACUCUGUUGACUCAGGUCGAGGCCUGUCUAAAUAGUCGUCCUCUUUGUGAAAUAGACAGUACCACAGGAGUCCCGCUGACGCCAGGACAUUUCUUGGUGGGUGAGCCCUUGGUCAGUGUUCCAGACUUCAAUUAUGAGCACAAAAAGGUCAAUAUACUUACCAGAUGGCAGUUAGUACAGAAGAUGACACAGAACUUUUGGCGUCAAUGGCAGAACGAUUACCUUAACACACUGCAACAAAGAUAUAAGUGGCAAGUUACUGUACCAGCGCCCUGCAUUGGAGAUUUAGUAAUCAUAAAGGAUGAAAUUACGCCACCUACUAAAUGGUUACUAGGGAGGGUCAAGUAUCUUCAUCCUGGAGCAGAUAACCUGGUGAGAGUGGUAACUGUACAGUGCAAGGGAGACCACGAGCUUAAAAGACCUUUAUCAAAAUUAAUAUUACUUCCUAAAACAUUGAAUGAGUAGUUAUAGACCGAAUCUAGUACAGUCAAGUAUAUGAUGAAGUGAGUGAAACGAUUUUGCAUGUGCUGAAGUGAAUAUUUUUUACCAAAGCGUAUAUAUUAUUGUUCAUAUCUUAAAAUUUUCAUCUUUUUUGUAAAUGACGGUGCAUGCCCUCUGUUUUGAAUUGUUUAAAUUUAUUGAAAACUGUUAGUUUUGGCGGCCGGUAUGUUUAAACGUAUCUGUGCAUAUAUAUGUAGCCAUAGUAGAUCAUUAACUCAGUUGCAAUUACACCUGCAUCGAAGAAA